GUGGCCAGAUCUUGUUCUGGUUUUGCCAUGACCGUAGCAGCGUUUCAGUAGUAAAACAUGGUUUAUAUCAGUGACAGGUUAUUAAAGGGUUAAGCCUGUCUGAUGCAUUUUGAUAUUCACGACCUGUAAUCAUGAAGAUAGUUUAAAAAAAAUAAAAUUAAAAAAAGAAAAAGUAACCGGCCCUGCAGAUCGGUGGCAACACUGGGGAAGUAGUUAGAGAGAGGUCUUAUUGUUUGGUGCGACGGGCUCAGCGUGGAGGUUUGCGAGUCGGAGUCUGCGCACUAUAUGUCUGUUAGCGGGGACGCCAAGGCGACAUUACGGAAAACUCGCCUCGCACAUUUCUUCUGUUUUCCGGAGUGCCAUGGGAUCGGAAUACUGCCGACAUGCUGCCUCUUGUGCUCGCUUUUCGAAAGAUUAGGCUUGCCGAUUAGGUUUUUGCCCUGAGCAAGCCGUUUGGAAAGAAAGCGUAUGGACGCACUAUGCGGGAAAUGGUUGGAGGCUGCUGCGUGUGCUCCGAUGAACGAGGCUGGGCUGAGAAUCCGCUUGUGUAUUGUGAUGGACAUGGGUGCAGCGUCGCUGUGCAUCAGGCAUGCUAUGGGAUUGUUCAGGUCCCCACUGGUCCCUGGUUUUGCCGAAAGUGUGAAUCGCAAGAGAGAGCGGCUAGAGUGAGGUGUGAACUCUGUCCUCACAAAGAUGGGGCCCUUAAGAGGACAGACAAUGGAGGCUGGGCCCAUGUGGUAUGUGCUCUUUACAUCCCAGAAGUACAGUUUGCUAAUGUCUUGACCAUGGAGCCCAUCGUCCUUCAGUAUGUCCCUCAUGAGCGAUACAACAAGACGUGCUACAUCUGCGAUGACCACGGGCGGGAGAGCAAGGCAGCCAGCGGAGCAUGCAUGACCUGCAACCGCCAGGGCUGCCGGCAGGCCUUCCACGUCACCUGUGCUCAGAUGGCUGGGCUUCUGUGUGAGGAAGAAGGACCAGAAGCCGACAAUGUGAAGUACUGUGGCUACUGCAAAUACCACUUCAGUAAAAUGGAAAAAAAUGACAGGACUGCAAGGUUUAAAAAAGGUUUAUCCUUGUACAGCCAGAAGAAGAUGCGACCUGCAGCCGGGAAUUCAAGCAGUUCAUUCUGCCACACUAGAAGAACCUCCAUAACCACCAUCCCGGAGAAGCAUGGUUCCCACCAUCAUCGGCAGAAGAGGAGCCACAAGGAGAAACUGAGACAGAAGGAGCGUCACAAGAGGCCACCUCCAAGCAGCUUGAACUCCUCCUUGUCUAGCUCUACAGGCAAGUUGCCCUCUAGUCAUCAUGGUAAUAAGGAGACUGGGGGAAAAACCAAGAAAUUGGGCAACCACAGUCUGCACCGGAGCAAAAAGGGAGCCGGGAGUGGAACCAAGAGCUGUUCGUCUUCCUGUUCUUCCAGCCCAUUUAACACAGGUGGUGGUUCUCUUUCUUCAGCUCAAGACUUUCUACAAUACUCUUCUUCAUCUCGUCUGGACUGGGAACGAGAGCAAGGAGAUGAGCAAGCGACCGAAGAGACCAAUGAGGGAAAUGGAGGGCCGUGGGAAGUGGAGGAGGAGGAGGAAGAUGAAGAGGAAGAGGAAGAGGGGGAAAAAUAUGCUAAGCCAUCUUUAUUGCCCCCAGUUCUUACCAUGAGUGAUGGUCCCCAGAACUCACCAAGCUACAACCGGGUGGAGAGUAAAGGUAGCUCUUUUGAGCCCAAAGUCACAAUUUCUACGUUUGGCUCCAUCAUGCGUAUUACUUCCACAGGGGGGCUUAGUGGGGCUGCCAAGGUGCGUAAGGUGACGCCUGGGGAGUACAGGCCAAGCAAACCGAACAGCAAGGUGCACCAGACCCCUUCUGCAAUCACAGAGGAACCAGAUAUUCUGGAGGAACAGACAAUGCCCCCAGUCAGUGAGAGGCGUCAUGGCAUGAACAAGAAGAGUCGGCAUGGGCCUGGGAGGCCGAAGGGCAGCAGGAAUCGAGAAGGACGUGAAGGGAAGGAGCAUCACAUCAGCCAGUCUGGAACUGGAUACUCAGUGCCGCCUGCCCCUCCCUGCACCAGCUAUCCAGCUUCCAUAUCAAUCUCCACCCAGAACUCCUUCUCCAUAGGCAGCAGCAGCUCACUGCUCAGUUCUGGUGUCUACUCCAGUAACAAGGACCCUAUCUCUUUGGGUGGGGGUGUGUGUAGUACGACAAUAGCCUCAGGACUGCUGUCUUCCCAUACCUCUACACACCCCUAUACAUCUUCCUCUGUGACCAACACGCAGGUGUACACACUCCCCAGUUCUUCCUACAGUCUGAGUUCAACACGGGUGUGUGGCAGCACUCUGUCUGCUGCCUCUCCGUUGUCGCCUCUCCUGAGCCAGACCCAGAGCUCGCUGCCAGAGCCGCAUCUGGAAGAUCACUUUGUUUGCCGCGGCAGCUCUCCACAAGAAAGCCUUUCCUCACAGUCACCUAUGAGCAGCCUGCCUCUUCUGUUUGACCAGAGGGAGGGGGUGGACCGGGGGGCCAGAGGCCGGCCGGAAAACGUGCCCCUCGCAAGCUCCCACAUUGAACUCCUCCUGGAGAAACACGGCAAUGGAGAGAUGGGAGUGAACAUUGUAGAAAUGCUGAAGUCAUUGCACUCCCUGCAACAAGAGAACCAGCGACUUCAGGAUCAGAUCCUCAGUCUGACGGCAAAGAAGGAACGUCUCCAGCUUCUGAACGUGGAGCUGGCCGUACCCUUCCCUCCUCAGGCACAUCCUGCCGCCUCUUCUGUCUUGACCACCAACCAGAUCAGUUUCCUGUCCUCCCCUCAUGAUGCUCUCAAUUCCAAGAAGAGCCCCCCUUCAAAGACCUGCAUUAUGAAUGAGAACACGCUCACAAAUUCUGAGGAGCUCCCCUCUGGCUGUCCAUCAAGAAGUAGCUCCUCCCUUUCAUUUCAGAGCACUCCGCCCCCUCAGCAGAGCCCUGCCUCCCUUAGUCAGCAGUUUGUAAAUGGGCUGGGGAGGGCACUUACUGGAGGGCUGGGAAGCAUGAGUCAAGCUGGUAAUACCACCCUUCCGAUGGUCAGUGGGUUAAUGUCUAGUCUGACUGGAAGUCCACAGCUGUCCAUGAAUGGCAUGCUGGGUAGCCUAAACGGGGUGAUUCAGUCUCCUAACCAAAAUGCUACCCAGCAGCCUCAGCUCUCCGUACCCACGCAACAACCAUCUCAUCAACAGACACUGUCUCAGAGUUUGCAGAUCCCUAACAGCCUGACUUCGUCUUCCCUACUCUCAGAACAGCAGAAGCAGUUCCUUCUCCAGCAGCAGCACCAGCUCCAGCAGCUGCUGCAUUCCCAGCACUUCACUCCCGAGCAACAGGUUGUCGUUUACCAGAUGAUUCAGCAGCAGAGACGAGAACUGCAGCAUUUUACACUGGCCAGCUCCUUCACCUCCUCGCCUUCCAACCCUAUGGUCAACCAGCUGGCAACAACGUCCUCACUGCAGGGAAGCCAAGGAAACCCUUUCUUCAAUCUACAGGACAACACACAGCACAAAUCUGGGUCAGGGGGAGAUAAGGGUGGGGAGAAGAACUGACAGCAAUUGGAGCAGAAGAGCAACUGCAGCCAGGAGGGGGGUGGGGGGGGGUGUCACUGAGAUGUACAGUUAGCAGCAGGUGCUGAAUAUACUCUGCUCAAAGCUCAAUGUACAGCACCAGUUUUUAUUUGGCAGUAUACAGAUUAACUUAUCUGGUUUUGUGGAUGGGGUACACUAAGCAAGAAUUGGCAUUGAUCAGUACUAGAAAUCUUGGCUUUGGUUAGUAUUUUUUUAUGGUUUUAGCAUAAUAUCUCAAUUAUUGUUAGUAACAAAUCCAUCCACAUUACACAAAUAUUAGAGAACAUGGACAGCAUGUACUCACGCCUUGGAUCCAACCUAAUCAAGAGUACUGCUUUUCAAUCUUUCUCGUGGUAUUUGUCUCGCUCAUACAGACACAAACUCACUGAAGUAUACUUCACCUUUCCAUGACUUCCUUUUUUAUGGAUUCUUACAGCACCACAGACUAAACAAAUAAUAUGAUAUGUAGUUGGAAAAUAUUACUUCAAGGUUCAGUUCCUUCUUUCCAGUAUAGUUAAGUGGACUCAUAUGUACUAGUGACUAAUUAGACACUUUUUAAUUAAGUUUGGCUCAUGGCAGUGAUAUGUGUAGUUUGUCAAUUUAAGGCUCAAUUAAAUUAAAAUGUAAAAAGCAUCCAAGACCAGAUCAAAAAAGAAUGAUUCCAGUAUUGAGCUUACAAAACCAACAGGUCUCUUUCCAGUAAAGCGUCUUAAAGCUAAUUAAUAAAAAUCCCCUCUGAACCAAGCAAAAAUAAUCAUUUGAAGAAUUUGUUUUUAUUGCAAGGUUUUAUAGUUUAGAUGAAAGUGGCAUAUAUUAUUAUAAGAAUAAAUAUAAUAAAGUAUUUAGUAGAAAUUGUCAAAUAUAAAUAUAGGGGGUUUACCUUUGCUCUAAAAAUAUAGGGUUAAAAAUAAGCUUCUCCAAUCUCCUAACUUUUCUGCCUUUGAUUUAUAUCUUGGGCAGCAUGGUGGUGCAGUGGUUAGCACUGUUUCCUCACACCUCUGGGACCAGGGUUCAAGUUUCUGCCUGGGUUACAUGUGUGUGUCGUCAUGGGGUUUCUUCCAGGUACUCUUUCCCCCCCA